AUGCCGAUUGAAAUAGUGGCAAAAUUAGAUCGUGAAUCCGCGGUAUAUCUUGCUGGGGAAGCUAUACAAUGCAAGGUAAUAGUACAAAAUAUUGGUAAUCAUGAGGAAUCCUUAGCAUGGGGAAGCGUUCAUGUACAAUGCGAACGAAUUGUCCGAGGAAAUAAAGCCGAUAUUCCUUUAUCGAGAAAAAGUUCAGGCGAAGAAAAAUCGAAAACGGUUGCGACAACUGCAAUGUCACGUUCCGCUUUUACUGUUUUUUCUUGCCGACCGGUUAUUUUAUUUUGUGAACUGGUGUUACAUACUGGUGAAAGUCGUAAUUUUGAAUGUACGCAACAGUUACCAUUGGAUUCUAUACCACCAUCAUUCAAAGGACAUCUUGUGCGUUAUAUCUAUAAAUUGACGCUUGGCGUGCAACACGUUAAGUCACCAAUCAAACUGAUACACGUUCCAUUACGAAUCAUACAAUCUGAUCUUGGAUUGACGUUGCCAUCCUCACCGACGCUUGUUAACCCUUUCAUUAGCAACCGUAGUGUUGGACCGUCAAUUGUUGAUUUAGCUAUGGAAGCGAGUGACUGUUUAACAGCACCUCAUGGAGUUUAUAGUUAUAAUAUAACAAAUGCAUUCGGUCGAAUUGCCAACUUUUUGCUCAAUAAAAAAGCCUACAAAUUAGGGGAAGAUGUUAUUGGGAGAUUUAAUUUCGAUAACUGUGGCGUACGAUGCCUUCAGUUUGCUGUUAGCUUACAGUCAGUUGAAAACUUAGUAAAUGAAGAAUGGUGUUCACAUACAUUUGUAACUACCCAUAUGACUGAGCAUAUUGUUUGUGCAUAUUGGACUGAAGCAGCAAUACGACUACAUAUACCACUUUCUGCAACAUCUACGUUUUAUACAGAUACGGUUCAUUUGAAAUGGCGCCUCCAUUUCGAAUUCGUAACAUGUAAUGACUUUAAUGAAGAAGUGGAAGAAGGUCUUUGGCAGGCACCUACAAAUGUUAAUAUAGAAACUAUGGCAUGGGAUUUGGAUAUUAAGGUUUUCCCAUGUAAUCCACAUAAUGCAGCUCUUACAUUACCAAGUCCAACUACUCCUGCUUCCAUUAUUGUUUAA